UCGCAGUCUCGUUUAGAUGUUCGUGAAAUUUGAUCGCUCGAUAAAAAGGAGGUUGACAUUACCGACAGUUGUGCCGUCUAACGAGUUAAUUCCAAUUCCUGCCGCGUACAGGCGAUGGUGCGGCCGUCGCACAAAAAUCAAACGGAUGCGAAUAUGUCAAUAUAUCGAUUAACGUAUCCUUCACGAAUAAGUUUAAUCAUAAUGCGCGACGAUUAUAUACAGUUCGGGCGAUACAAGGAAUGAAAUAUAAACAUAAUACGAAGAAUUAUAGUCUGCACGAGCUGAGACGCCACGAUGGGACCGACAUGGAUAGGGGGAAGGGGGGGGAGCCUCAGUUGUCGCCAAGUGACACGACGGUUACAUCGUGCGUAACAAUCUCGCGGCGUAUGUAGCGCGUCUCAAUUUGAGGGUGCGAUUUUUCCCCUCCCCCUCCCGCCGCCCCGGACAUUGGCGAGAAUAUUUCGAUGGUGAUUCCACCGGCGCCCGCCUCCCCCCUCCCCCGCCGCGAUACAGCGACGGACAGCGACGCCUCCGCGCGGCGUCGAUCAAUAACAUUGUCGUCGACGACGCCGACGUCGAGAGCGUCGUCGCAUGUGCGAGGCGUCGCGUCAUUCGCGAUAGUCGGGCGACGGAGAUUCGAGGAUCGUCUCAUUGCGUAUUCGCGGUUGGGAGGACUGCACGACGAGGACGAAGAGGACGACGACGGCGUCCCUCGGAGGGCAUGCGACUCGGCGAUACGUCCUUAGUCACGAGCGAGGAACGCGCGUCCGGGAGCCGCGAGGGAGAGGUACCGAGUGUCGAAUCGUCGCGGUCCCACCCACGAUAUGGCUAAGAACGUAGGGGAGAGCCGGAUACCUGUUCCACGGGCAGCUCGUCCGUCUUUCUUUCCGAAAUCGAGAGUACUCGAGGCAUCGAGGCUCUUGUCGGGAAGCCGCCGAUCCACUAUCUUCUCGGGAUGCUUUCAGUUCGUUAACACCGAAGACGAAUCUCCUACUCCGCGGGAAAAGUUCUCAGGAUUCACGACAUCGUCACCUAACAUCAAAACCGAUUCAGCGGCAGAUCAGACAUUCGCGAUAUCGCCGGGAUGGGACAUCGACAAGAAUGAUGUGCAACAGUUGGUGCAUCUCAGUGAGGAAAAAAGUAGCUUGUUCAGGCUACUUGAAGAUUCUCAACUGAGCAUGAUUGAAGAUGUCGGCGACACGUGUCUUGUAGAAUCAGGCCUGAGCAAUUACAAUGAUGCGAACGCAACGCCGCAUUAUUUGAUGCUCAACAAGCAAAACUCUUUUGAACACGACGAGAGUCUCGGUAUACUGACGCCGGACCAGAUGACUGAUUUCACAGUAGCAUUGGAGUGUUCCAGGACACCAUCGUGCGAGAAUCUCACUGGUUCGGCCGGCUCGAAAUUAGCGUUGACCCGAGCGUCCGCUUCCACGAGGCCGUUAGUCGAUGUAGAACCCGCUGAAGAGGGCUGUAGCGAAAGGACGCCCUCGCCGGAAGAAUUACCGCUCGAUCCUAAACCCGUGGAGCCGAUUAGAGGUAGUACCGUGCCGGUAAGCUUCGUAACAUCAGUCACGAGCAUCACUAGUCUCGAAGCGGGUUAUCAAGGGGACGGUGAGAACUCGAGACCAGCCAGUCGUGGCGCGGAUCCACCAUCUAUGGCAGUGCCGCCGGUCAAUCUUCCCGCGCCCUGUCGCCAAGACCCGAUGACUGAUUCGGAUUUCUUCACUGAGAGCGACGCGGAUGCACACGAAGAAAUUGUGCGGGGUGAUAGGAAGGCGCAAGUAAUCGACGGCACGCUGUUCUGCGCACCAGGUGAACGCGUAUGCCCUAGCUUCACCGGAGAAGAGAUGGAUUCCAGUGGAAUUUACUCAGAUUUGGAUAAGCUUCAAGCGCCCGGCGAGCAAGCGUCGGAAGAAAACGACGAUCAUACUCCUGAUACCGGGGAUACUGAACUUUCCCAAAGGAGUCAACCCACGCCGGUUGUAGCGAAUGUUAUUAUGGAUUAUUUACAGAUUCCCAUAAAGUCGUCGGACGAAACGAUUAGCAUAAACGACACAACGGCCUCUGUUGAAGUUAUGGCAAUUGAGAAAGUCGAGAAUAAUGAAAACAUUAGACCCAAACCACAAAGCAAGGCUGAUUCGGUGCCUUUGAAAAAAUAUAAAAUGCCGAAAAGAAAUGUUGUUUCGAAGAUUAAGGCGAUGAUCGAAUCGUCUUCGAAAGAUGAUGCGGAAAAGGAAGCAAGACGCUCUCAAAGAUCAACUAGAAAAGGUGGACGCUGGGAUGCCGUAAUGAAUAAGAUAGAAGCUGGUAAAAAUGAACAAAGGACAAGGCCAGCUAGAAAAGAAGUAAAAUCGAGGGUAUUGCAAAAUCUCACUUUAUCACCUGCUGCGAGACCAAUGUCAAAAAAGGCCGGCGAUGCAAACAACAAUAACAAUAAAGACAAACGGAGAACGCGCGGUUGGCAAGAAAUGAAAUCACCGACGCAGGAAACGGCCAGAAGUUCUGUUCGUAGUUCCAUGAGCGAUCUCAGCAGUGGCCCAAGUAAAGAUAUACCAAAGAGAUCACCGACGUCCACCAACCCACCCAGGAGAUUCGUCUCGAAUGGCCAUACCAAUCAUCAUCAGGUCCGUGUCAAUAGUUUCGACGCGAAAAAGAACUGCAUCGAUGUGACGACAGUCGAACUCGAGAAGAGCCCGCCAUCAGCGCGAAAGCCGGCGAUAACAAGAAGAUUAGCGGCUAACGCUACGGUGAAACAGAAAUCCUCCGUGCCAUCAAUAAAAGAUCGUGAGUCUAAAGAGACUCACCACAACAGCACUUUUACAGUGAGGACAUCGCCGGAGACGCGGGAUCAGGCCGCGCAAACCACCGUACCUUACGAGGAUUUUCGCGCAGAAAGAGCCGCACAGGCACUUGCGGUGAGCGUACACUACUUGGCUUUCGAGCUGGAUGCAUUCGCUACCCCUCAAUUGAAGAAGGAUUUCGAGAAGUUGAAGAUCGAUUGCGAGAAGAUGAAAAACGAGCGAUCGACCGUGCUUUCGGAGAUCGACGGUUUACGCGCGAGAUGUGUCAAUUUGGAGGAGAGACUUGAAGCAGAGAGGGAGGAUCACAGUAAAGAUCUGGACCAGCUUCGUGACGAGUUGGAAACUCAUAGGGCGAAACAAGUUGCCGCACUCGUUGAGACUUUAAAAGAGGAAAGGCGCAAGUACGAUGUCAGAUUGGAGGAGAUCACGAGGGAACAUCGCGCGACAAUCGCGAAAUUACGCACUGAGCACGUCAACGAACUGGGUCGCAAAGAAGAGAUGAGGAGAUCCGUGGUCCACGAUCACGGCGCCGCGCUAAUGGCGGAGAUCGAAUCCUUGAGAUCCGUGCUGGAACUGAAGAGUCAGGAGAAUACUGCUCUUCGAUCGGAACUCGACAGUUACAGGCGCGACAUCGAAGAAAAGGAUGCAUUGCAGAUACGGCUUGAUAUGGCGGAGGCGAGAUGCGAGGAUUUGAAGGCCCAGCUUCAACGAAAGGAGUCCUUCGAGCGGCAGGUCUCGCACGAAAAUGAGAUGCUUCACGAAUCGAUUCACCAAGUCUCGAAACAUAAUAAACGGCUAUCCCAACGUAACGAGGAAUUACAAUGGAAACUGCGAAAUAAGAAUGACUGGGUGAGCGUUCUUGCGAAUCAGUUGAAUCCGCGACUAACCCGAUCCACGGGCGCGGAACAAAUGGAACACAAUUUCUCGGCCGAGAAAAACGGCGCUCACUCGUCAUCAAUGAUGAAGUUUAUGGUCGAGAAGGGCGCCUCCGUUUCUUGGACGCUAGAAAUCGACGAUCUAUCGAAGGGAUCAUCGUCCGACUCACUCAGCACGAAAAUAAAUAGAUCGGAGGGUGCGACGACAGUUUCUAGGCAAGGAUCACUCAGAUUGUCGAACAGAGCACCCAUGGAUACCAGAGCGAGAUCAAAGAGUGUCUCAACUACGUGCGAGUCAGCGCGUGCCGCGGCAAUGGAGGAGGCUGCCGCGUGGUCGCCAACGCUUAGCUCGACGCCGAUCUCGCGACGACGUCCCAGGAAGGACCAAUCGUCGCCCUGCUCUUCGUCAUCUUCGUCGUCUUCCACAUCGUCUGCAGCGCCGACCGUGAAUCCCGCAGUGGCUGCCGCGGUAGCAGCCGCUGCGGCCGCGGUGGACGAAUGCAGUAUCGGUGGCGGUCAGAGGCCCCAGGAAGCCGGCGGGGAAGCGAUGAUCUCCGAGGAAACGUCAGCGUCCAGCAGCGAAGACGAAUCGUCCACUGGUAGCGACAUCCCUCGUCUGGGAAUGCAGUUUGCUUGGGGCAAACCGAUCAAGUAACACUCGAGCGAACAAUUCGCGGCCUGCUACGCUUACCUGUCUACGCGUCCUUUCUCUCGCGUAACAAAGUUGUUUCGAAUCGUACGGCCGCUACCUUUGUUCUUGCCUACAGAGUGGAGUUGAAUUCAUUUUCAUUACACGUGAUCAUUCCCUUUUGUUUAUAUCGGAUAUGUUACGUUUUGUAUUGUAUAACGCCGGCACCGCGUUCUUUUUUUUUUCUUUUUUUCUAACUAAUGUAUCCGAUAACCGAGUUAGAGCGAGAAGAAAGUAGCGUUUACGUUUUGCGUUUUAGACAAAUAUGCCGUGCGAUGAAACGAUUCCGGAGUAAUGUUAUAAGUUAACAAGAUAUUUAAGAAUGAAUUCCACGACGUAUUUUAACGUUACGACUGUAUAAACUAGACUAGUACGAGUGUUUCCAUUGUUUUUCGAUUACGAAGACACGUUUCACACUUUUUCCCCGAUAUAUUUUGCAAUUUAAGGCAGCGAUUUAUUAUCUGGGUUUAUAAGACUAGGAUCUUCGAAAUCCGUUACGUAAUGAUUUCUUGAUAUAUACAACGAAGCUAUUUCGUUUUACUGCAAUCAAGGCAAUCGUGUCUUUUUUCCGGGCAACCUCCGCUUCUAAAGUUCAUAAUGUUUAAAAUCUCGUAGAAUUUUUUCGUUUUUUGAACUUUAAUAAGGCAUUGAAAAAGGAAAUUUAAUGCCAUUUCGGCUAAUAAAAUUUUAUUGCGAUUUCUCUCGGGAAUUUUAUAGUCCCAUUAUACGGACAUCUUUAUAUUUAAGUGAGUGGAUUUUAUAAAUGCUACUUGUUUUUUUUUGGUACAGAGACCAUGUAAUAUUGCAGAAAUUAAAUAUAAGAGUACGACAGAAAAGAGAGAGAAUUUCACGUUCGCAGAUCACCGACUUCAUAUUUGUAGACCAAAUCUUUUUUUUUUUGUUAUUUGCAGAUAAUGUGCAUCAUUUUUUUGUUUUCCGUUUCAUUAAGUUUGCAAAUUUACUAAUUUAUUUAUCGACCUGAGCAAAUUAUGUAUUUUAUUGCCAAAUGCGCGGAACAAGAUCGCGAACAACGUUUGUCUUUAAACGCGCUCCUGUGUAUAGCGAUACGAAAUCUGCGGACUACAUAGCAAAUCCCGCAAAAAGCAGUGAAAACUGUUAGCGACAAACCAACACGUUGCGACGAGAGUGUUAAUUUCACAGUCCGUUCCACACAUAGACAAGUAGUAGUUUAGAUGUAAAGAGAAGAAACGCGUCGCGCGCGCCGGAAAUACGAAAAUCAAGUAUUACUCAUCGAGAAAGUACGUUUUCUUUUCUCAUUGUGUGCUGAUAAGAUCGAUGUAUUAUAUACUUCUCGAAUAAAUAAGUAUCAUCUAUAAAUUGUAGCAAUUUGAAAAGA